UUUCUGCCUAAAAGUAUGGGAGUAGAUAGUUUUCUUAGUUUCCAACGGACGGUGAAUUUGUACAUAGCAAAUUCGUUAACAAGAAAUUUGCUAAUUUAAAGUGAUUUUUUGUUUCUGCUGUAGUACAAUGAAAUACAUACAUACGAUAUUAAGGAUUUUACUUUAAACAUAAAUAGGAAUGCCGAGCAGAAGUUCAAGGCAAAACUGAAGGGUUUGGCAGAGUUCGCAAGGCCAAGGAUGAAAUGAACGUCUCUCCGUACCCGUUCAGUUUUUGCCUGGCGAAAUUAAUACAACCAACGACGUCGGUCAAAUGGCUUCAGGCGAUGCUAUCAACUCCAUUGACCAGGAUCUAUCCAGCACAUCCAACACUAAAACUGCAGAUCAUUCAAAUUUUAUUAAAGAUGAUCCAAAUCUGCAGUCAUCCAGUUCAGAUAUUAACCAACACCGCUUAUCCCGCUAUGGAAAUAAAGGGGACAAGGAGCGCAAGAUUGGUCAUCGGCGCGUUGGGGAGGGCGGUGAGAUCACCUAUAAAAAAAUACAAACUAGCCAGAUAAUGGGCUCUAUUCAGUUGGGCAUUCAACAUACCGUCGGAAGCCUGGCAUCUAAACCGAAACGCGAUCUCCUAAUGAUGGACUUUUUCGAAAUCGAAAGUAUAACUUUCCCCCCAGAAGGAUCUAGCCUUACGCCAGCCCACCACUACAGUGAAUUCAGAUAUAAAAUUUAUGCGCCUAUUGCAUUCCGAUAUUUUAGGGACUUGUUCGGCAUACAACCAGAUGACUUUAUGAUGUCUAUGUGCUCUUGGCCUUUACGUGAGCUGUCCAACCCGGGCGCCUCUGGUUCCAUUUUUUAUUUAACGGCUGAUGAUGAAUUCAUAAUAAAAACUGUACAACACAAAGAAGGGGAGUUUUUACAAAAGCUUUUGCCUGGCUAUUAUAUGAACUUGAAUCAAAAUCCGCGGACUUUGUUGCCAAAAUUUUUUGGUCUCUACUGCCUACAGACGAGCACUAGUAAAAAUAUUCGAUUGGUGGUUAUGAACAAUUUAUUGCCCUCAUCUGUUAAAAUGCAUUUGAAAUAUGAUCUCAAAGGUUCGACAUUCAAGCGAAAAGCAUCAAAAGCGGAGCGAUCUAAAAAAUCACCAACUUACAAAGAUUUAGACUUUAUGGAACAACAUCCGAACGGUAUAUUUCUAGAAGCUGAAACAUAUAGCGCGCUCAUCAAAACAAUUCAACGCGACUGCACGGUAUUAGAAUCAUUUAAGAUAAUGGACUAUUCCUUAUUACUUGGUGUUCAUAACCUGGAUCAGGCGAGUAAAGAAAAGAAAAGUGAAAGUAAAAAACCGAAAGCUCCACUGGCCGAAGACUCCGAUGUUGAGGACAUACCAGAUGGUGAUGGCGGAGCGGCGGGAGGUUCAGAAGGACGCGAAAGAGAUUCAUCGGCGGGCAUGAAUCGAAAUCGAUCAGCAAAUCGGCAACGCUUGGUGGCUCACUCUACAGCUAUGGAAAGUAUUCAAGCAGAGAGCGAACCCAUAGAUGACGAAGACGAUGUUCCACCUGGUGGAAUCCCUGCUAGAAGUGAAAAAGGCGAGCGAUUGCUUCUAUACAUUGGUAUAAUUGAUAUUUUGCAGUCUUACAGACUAAAGAAGAAGCUUGAGCAUACAUUCAAAAGCAUCAUUCAUGAUGGGGACACUGUAUCAGUGUGCCGACCGUCAUUCUACGCUCAAAGGUUCCAAAAUUUUAUGGCCAAAACUGUGUUUCGAAAAAUACCGUCACUGGAUCUACCCGAAAUAAAAGGAAACCACAGAAAAUUUCGUACCUUGGUAACUAGUUACAUAGCUCUCAAGCACUCUCCCUCAAAGAGAAAAAGUUUAUCAAAAGCAAUACAGCGGUCUAUUGAUAAUGAGAAUGAUAAUCGAUCGGAAUUCACCUUCGAGCAUCGCCCAACGCAUGCUUAUCCAUUACACAUUUCUCAUACUUCCGGCGUCAAGACGCACACACAACUCAGUAAGACAUCACCCGGGCUCCUGUCUUCUGGAACAGAUGUGGCCAAACCAGCUACAUCGACUGCUUCUGGGACUACUGCAGCACCUAUGGUGGGUCCGCGGUUAUCUGUUCAAUAUGCCGGUGGAGGCGUAGCGAAAUCCAAGGUCCCUCCGCCAGUACCACCGAGAAGUUCACCGCGUCGGAAGAAAAGUGAUGGUCACAACGAAGUGGCUCGCACCAUUUCCAAUACAGGCUCAACACCUUCUUGCAGUUCAACGCCUCCACCCGCGUUUGAUGAUAUAUCAGAAGACAGUUCGCAUAGAAAUAGUUCGUCCUUUGGUAGAAAAUCGCAUCACCACCAAGAGCGCAAAAUGAAUGUUGGCCCAGCUUUUCGAGGCUCUCAAAAGGAUGAUAUUGUCAGCAUUUCUGAAAUACACUUAGACACAUAUUUGGCUGUAGAUACAUCAUCCAGUAGUCAAUAUGGAUCACGUGGAGGUUUGGCAUGGACGCCACCCGCUUCUGGGGAGGGUUCGACGCCCACUUGGACAGAGGGUACACCAAGCUUUACAGAUUCAAGUUCUAGCGGUGAUAUAGAAAACUUUUCACCUAUUAACACAUCAAAAAUUGACCGUCGUAAAGCAACAGUGGAAGACACUCUCAACUCUCUUUCCUCGGAAAUGGUUCGAUACUGAACAUUAGAUUCGAAUAAGGCAGUAAGAUUUGCGAAACAUAAGAGACCAGCCAACCAACAGAUCUAAUCGAGCGCAAAAGCAAAACA